AUGUCGGGGUUAGGCGGCCUCAAUAAAACCCCAGGGGGCAUAGUCAUCUCCGUGGUACAGUCCCAAUUACUCACCGUCAGGACGCCCGAGGACCUUGCCAAGGCCGUCGCCCAUGUUGUGUCUCUGGUGUCGCGCACCAAGCGCGCCUACCCGGCGACGGACCUGGUGGUCUUCCCGGAAUACUGCAUCCACGGCCUCUCCAUGUUGACCGAUGCAUCCAUAAUGUGCACGAUGGACGGCCCGGAGGUCGCAGCCUUGAAGGACAUCUGCCGCGCCGAGAAGAUCUGGGGCUGCUUCAGCAUCAUGGAGAAGAACGAGCUCGACCCGGACCAUCCCUGGGACGUCGGCAUUGUCAUCAACGACCAGGGCGAGCUGGCCAACUACUACCGCAAGAUGCACCCCUGGGUCCCUAUCGAGCCGUGGUACCCGGGCAACCAGGGGCUCCCCGUCUUUGAGGGCCCGGGCGGGGUCAAGAUGAGCCUGAUCGUGUGCCACGACGGCAUGCUCCCGGAGAUGGCGCGCGAGGCGGCGUACAAGGGCGCCGAGGUGCUGCUGCGCACGGCGGGCUACACGCCGCCGAUCCGGGAGUCGUGGGAGCUGACGAACCGCACCAACGCCUUCGCCAACCUCAUGUACACGGCCAGCGUGUGCCUGGCGGGGACCGACGGCACGCUCGAGAGCAUGGGCAACGCCAUGUUCUGCGGGCCCGAGGGCGACAUUCUGGUCCAGGGCAGCAACUCGGUCGACGAGAUCUUCGCCUGCGAGAUCCGCCCCGACGAGGUCCGCCGCCGCCGUCGACACUGGUCUGUCGAGAACAAUCUCUACCAGUUCGGCCACCGUGGCUAUGUCGCCGUUCAGGGCGGCGCCAGUGAUUGUCCCUAUACCUAUAUGCAGGACUUGGUCAAGGGCCAGUGGAAAACGGCCGAGGACGAUGAAGUUACAGUUAAGGAUGGGACGAGUAUAGGCUAUGCUCCACCAACACAUAAGUUUGGGGAAGCGGGUCCUGAAACGAGAAACUAG